AUGGCACCUUCAAAAGUCUCAACACCUUCAUCGAAACACUCUCUACCUUUGCAUAGCGCAGCUUCUGCCCAUCAUGACCAAGCUACCAAAGCACGGCCAAACCUCAACCCACCAGUUCCUGACAUUCCAUUCUUCACGCCCCAACAUCGAGUUUCGCCAGGUGCUGUCUUCGGCAAUGUCGAAAAUGUACCGACUCUGUUUCAGCCUCUGACUAUUCGUGGUAGAACACUCAAGAACAGAAUUGUAGUGGCACCCAUGUGCCAAUACUCAGUCGCUCCAGAUGGACCACAAGCAGGAUGUCUAACGCCAUACCAUAUCGCCACAUUAGGCCAUUAUGCACUGAAAGGCGCAGCGUUGACUUUCUGUGAGGCCAUGGCUGUGCAGCCAAACGGGCGUAUCUCACCCAAUGACGCGGGCUUGUGGUGUGAUGCUCAAAUAGACGGCCUAAAACAAGUUGCUGAUUUCGUGCACAGCCAAGGUGGAUUACUUGGCGUUCAGCUUGCCCAUGCUGGUCGAAAAGCAAGCCAGACUGCUCCCUGGAUCGGAGGUGGGCCUGAUGGACGAAGAAAAAAUGGCAUGCGAGCCACGAGAGAUGUUGGUGGAUGGGGUCCUGGUGAUGUCGUGGGACCUACUGGCGGUCACGAGAUGGUCUGGGAUGGAAAGAGCGAGAAUGACCCUGAUGGUGGAUUUUGGGCUCCGAGAGGGCUCACGAUCGAAGAGAUAGAUGAGAUGGUUGAGGACUGGAAAAGUGCCGCCAUUCGAGCGGUUAGAGCUGGAGUCGAUGUGAUCGAGAUACACGGUGCUCACGGCUACCUCAUUCAUCAAUUCUUGUCUCCAGUUACCAAUAGACGAACAGACCAGUAUGGCGGAGAUUUUGAAGGACGGACGCUGUUAGUGCGUCGGAUCAUCGAGGCUGUUAGAAGUGUAAUGCCAAUAAGCAUGCCGCUCUUUCUACGUGUGAGCGCAACCGAGUGGCUGGAAGAUAGCGAGUUUGAGAAGGCAGCAGGCGGAAGCUGGAACGUCGAUGCUACAGAGAAGCUUGCUAAGAUCCUGCCUGACCUGGGCGUUGAUCUGCUUGAUGUCUCAUCAGGUGGUAACCAUCGUGCUCAAAAUACGGCCUCAUUCCGCAUCAAGGACUAUCAGACUCGCAACGCUGGCCGUAUUCGAAAGGCACUGAAGGCCGAAAGGAAACAUAUGUACAUUGGUGCAGUCGGCCUGAUCACUGAUGCUGAGCAGGCCAGAGAUCUGGUUCAGGAAGACGGCCAUGCACAACAGUACCUGCAAGAAUCGACACUGGCCGACGAGGCCAAGGCUGUCAAGGAAAUGACUGAUGCCCACAAUGGGAAGGAAGCCCAAGCCGAUGUUGUCUUCAUUGCCAGACAGUUUAUGAGAGAGCCUGAAUGGGUGUUGAGAACUGCGCAACAUUUAGGGGUGGAUGUCGCUUGGCCGUCUCAAUUUUUGAGAGUGCGCUUCCCAAAGUUAUAA